UUAAUUUGGAAAACUGGAAAAUUUGAGGUCGCCUCGCGCCUGGUACGUCGAUAAGACGACGCGCAGCCAGAGGUUAAAUAUUAACACAAAUUUUCCAUUUAAGCGCCUGUCUGUGUGUUUUCUGUUUGGAAGCUUUUUAGCAAGAGUUCAUUCCUAGAAUUUCUAGAGACGAUGGAGCGCAGUGGUACUCCAUCUCCCGACUGCCCCGGCUCGUUCCCCACCGUCUUUGAACGUUUCCCCCUCGUCGGCCUCAGCACAGAGGUUGAAAACGAAACUCCGACGCAGAAAAACGAAACGAUCCCGACUGGCUAUAUGAGGUCCACUGUGACGUUCUACCUGUGCUACCUGCUGUGCUUGGCUCUGGGGCUGGCCUGCGUGGUGUGUGUGUGUGUGUGGAACAGCCGGUGGAGGGGCGGCUUUGCCUGGGACGGCUCCGGCCUCCAGUUCAACUGGCACCCGGUGCUGAUGGUGACGGGUCUGGUGGUUCUGUAUGGCUACGGAGCCGUGGUGUACCGCGUGCCGCUGACCUGGGGUCAGAACAAACUCCCCUGGAAGCUGCUGCAUGCCGCUCUGAUGCUGGGCUCCCUGAUCAUGUCCAUCUUGGGACUCUGUGCCGUCUUCGAUGUCCACAACGCCAACAACACCCCCAACCUGUACUCAUUACACAGCUGGAUUGGAAUCACAGCCGUAACUCUUUUUGCACUGCAGUGGGGUGUGGGGUUCGCAGGCUUCCUCUUGCCCUGCUCUCCCGUAUUGCUCCGUAAACUCCUGAAACCCGUCCAUGUGUGGCUGGGCGGCAGCAUCCUGCUGCUCACCACCGCCGCCUGCAUCUCAGGCAUCAACGAGAAACUCUUCUUUGUCCUAAAAGGCAACGUCACGUACUCCAGGCUUCCACCUGAGGGUGUGUUAGGAAACUCAUUAGGGGCUUUAGUCGUAGCCUUUGGCCUGGUCGUCCUCAAGAUUCUAUCCAACAUCCAAUGGCAGAGACCAGACUCCAGACCUGGGGAAAUAGCUUACACGCCACUUCAAGACGAAAAUGACUAAAAGUUGAGGAACUGCAACCAGUUCACUGCUAAAUCAAUGCAGUCAAAACAGAUUUGGUUUCCUGAUGAUGCUUAAAGUUGAAAAAUAAUCACCUUGUUAUCAAUGUAAAUAUAUAUUAUAUUUAAGAUUGCUUUUUCACCCAAAUAAAACUAUUUCAUCUGAUUUCUUUCUUAGAUUAAUCUGUCCCAUUAUACACUGCAGCCCUGCCCUAACAUCCUAUAGAAAUGACUUCUCUCCAUGCCUUUUGUAAUCAAUCAAGUUUAUUUAUGUGGAACAUUUCAGCAACAAUGCAGUUCAGAGAGCUUUACAUCAUAAAAACACAGAAAGACAAAAUCAUUAAAAAACAUACUGGUUUUCUCAAUUGUUGACUGUAUCAAACAUAUUUUGAUGAGUGUCAUCACCAAAAUCAUCAAUACACAUCAAAUAUGUUGGUUAAUAUUCCAUUUAUUAUGGUUUAAGAGCAACUCUGAACAGAAGGGCUUAUAAUCUUGAUUUAAGUUAUUUCCAUAAGUACACUACAUG